UGAGCAUACACCGGCAACAUGGUCUCCCUACCGCAACGGAUGCGAAAGCUACAGAAUCGUCUGCUUGCUAUACGACUGGGACCCGGCGCCCUUGUACUACCGAAAGAUGUGAAACGGAUAAAUCUACGCUUCGCUCCCAGAAUCAAUGAGGGACACAUGGGUCCGAGGAAGUUCUGGCGACACGAACUCGUUCGACUAAAAUACCACAAUCCAUCGAUACCUAUGACAGUGGAUCGAACAGCGCAACAGGAUGAACCAGCAGUGCUAUCAAUACAUAUGCAGCCUGAAGGGGCUGACGCGGAAAAGGUCGAGACUGUCAACAUGAAGAACUAUCGGUCAUCAGAAAUACUGGAUGCGCUUAUCCGAUUGACGAAUGCGCGGCAGGUCGAGCCUACUGAGGAAGAUCAGGAGCAGUUGGCCAAAUUGGAGGAGCAGAGGCAGAAGAGCUUGAGGGAUAGUAAAUUGAGCCAGGAAGUGCGAGCGAGGGUGAGGAGAGAGAGGGAACUUUUGGAGCAGGCAAGAGGCGAUAUUGCUGCACAGAAUGCUUAAAAGACGAUGGUUGAUUGCACUUCGGCGAGGGAACAAUUCACUUACAGCGAGGCGUUGGCAGGGGCGUGGGAUAUCACCAUGAGACGCAUGGAGUAAUGUACU